AUGACACUAUGGCCGCUCAGAGGAGUAAUCGAAGCAACAGGCUCCUUUCACUACGCUGCCGAACGGAAUGUUUCAGACUGUACAACAAACCCGGAGGAGUCUUCUGCUGCAGGAAACCCACAUUUCUCCUACAGGGAUCAACAAAGGGCCUCUGCAUUUGACCCCAACCCUGCCAAUGCCACAGGGGCCUCUGCAUUUGACCCCAACCCUGCCAAUGCCACAGGGGCCUCUGCAUUUGACCCUAACCCUGCCAAUGCCACAGGGGCCUCUGCAUUUGACCCUAACCCUGCCAAUGCCACAGGGGCCUCUGCAUUUGACCCUAACCCUGCCAAUGCCACAGGGGCCUCUGCAUUUGACCCUAACCCUGCCAAUGCCACAGGGGCCUCUGCAUUUGACCCUAACCCUGCCAAUGCCACAGGGGCCUCUGCAUUUGACCCUAACCCUGCCAAUGCCACAGGGGCCUCUGCAUUUGACCCUAACCCUGCCAAUGCCACAGGGGCCUCUGCAUUUGACCCUAACCCUGCCAAUGCCACAGGGGCCUCUGCAUUUGACCCCAACCCUGCCAAUGCCACAGGGGCCUCUGCAUUUGACCCUAACCCUGCCAAUGCCACAGGGGCCUCUGUACAAAGAAUGAGAAAACACCAAACUGGAAUGUGA